ACACUUUCCUCCUCAUCCCCAUCUCUCUUGUCUCUAUCUAACCAUUCUUCGUAAACUUUUCAACUUCUUUUUUUCCAAGAAAAUGGAGAUUAUGAAGUUGUCCUGUAUUUUAUCUCUAACUAUUUCACUAAUUAUAGUAGGUGUUGAAGGUAGAAUCCCAGGUGUUUAUAGUGGUGGAUCAUGGCAAAGUGCUCAUGCUACUUUCUAUGGUGGCAGUGAUGCUUCUGGUACUAUGGGUGGGGCAUGUGGAUAUGGAAAUCUUUAUAGCCAAGGCUAUGGAGUGAACAAUGCAGCAUUAAGCACAGCAUUAUUCAACAAUGGGCUAAGUUGUGGAGCUUGCUUUGAGAUCAAAUGUGACAAUCAGCCACAAUACUGCCAUCCUGGGAGCCCUUCAAUUUUAAUUACUGCAACUAAUUUUUGCCCUCCAAAUUUUGCAUUGCCUAAUGAUAAUGGUGGUUGGUGUAACCCUCCUCGUCCUCAUUUCGACCUCGCCAUGCCCAUGUUCCUCAAGAUUGCAGAGUAUCGUGCUGGAAUUGUCCCCGUCACUUAUCGUCGGGUGCCAUGUAGGAAGCAAGGUGGAAUUAGGUUCACUAUCAAUGGUUUUAGUUACUUCAACUUGGUUUUGGUCACCAAUGUCGCGGGUGCAGGUGACAUCACAAAGGUUAUGGUGAAGGGUACGAGGACUAACUGGAUAACAUUGAGCCGUAACUGGGGUCAAAACUGGCAAACAAACUCCAUUUUGGUUGGUCAGUCAUUGUCGUUCAGGGUCACAGCUAGCGACAAGCGCAAAUCCACCUCGUGGAACAUAGCCCCUUCCCACUGGCAAUUUGGACAAACAUUUGUUGGAAAGAACUUUAGAGUCUAACUGGGCUAAUGAGGUGAUUGUAAUACAAUAUAUAAGACUCUGGUUCGUGCACUUCGAGUUUUAUUGUUUAGAUCCUAUUGAAAUUCGGGUUUUCUCGUUUGUCAUAUUAACCUGCUUUUUUUUCUGGUUAAGAAGAGCUGAAGUGGCUGCAAAAACAUGUAGCCCGCAGCUGUUCAAAGAACAAUGUAGUAGUAUCAAUGUAAUGUUUUAGUACUACAUGAUGCGUGGGCAGUGUAUUUACUGUAUUUCAAUAACUUUUAGUUGUUUACUUUAAUUGAAACAUCUAAGUUCUUGUGGUA